CUCCUUGACCACCCUCUCCUCUCCUCUCCUCUCCUGCACGCAGACGAGAUCGAGACGUGGAGUCUUUCACACAGAAAAGUGAGAGAAAUGACAGUAUUUGGGAACUCCGGCGCCGUAUUUCUAGCCGGAAAACAGGUGUUUCCAGUUGAUUACCAGGCAGAGGUUUCACAGAAACUCGUCGAUGCUUCGCAUAAUAAUGAUUUAAAACUGGCACUUCAGUGUCUUGAAGAUCCUUUUGUGGACGUCAACUUCAUCGGAACUGUCAGCUUGAAGUCAAAGAAGACUGAAGUCUUGUUGCACGAUGAGGCGGCACAUGAAGUUCAUGUUGAAUACGAGGAGUUCAAGACCGACGUUACUGCUCUCUUCCUCGCCGCUCAUGCCGGGAAUUUAACUCUUGUCAGAAAGUUACUGAGUCAUGGAGCCAAUGUAAAUCAGAAACUGUUUCGAGGCUAUGCCACAACAGCAGCGAUAAGGGAGGGGCAUUUGGAUAUAUUAGACGUUCUAGUGAAAUCUGGGGCAUCUCAGGAGGCAUGCGAGGAGGCUUUAUUAGAGGCAAGCUACCUUGGGCAGGCCAGGCCUGCAGAGCUGCUCAUAGGAUCUGACUUGAUACGCCCACAAGUUGCUGUUCAUGCACUUGUAUCUGCAUGCAGUAGAGGGUUUUCCAAUGUAGUCGACACACUCGUCAAGUGUGGAGUAGAUGCCAGUGCAAUCGAUAGGGUUCUGCUUCGAUCUUCUAAGCCACCACUUCAUGCUAACGUUGACUGCAAUGCACUUGCUGCCGCCAUUGUUAGUAGACAGAUCUCUGUUGUUAGAUUGCUGCUGCAGGUUGGAGUUGGGACGGACAUGAAGGUGAGACUGGGAGCCUGGUCUUGGGACAUGGAUACCGGGGAAGAAUUCCGAGUUGGUGCAGGACUAGCUGAAGCGUAUUCAAUCACCUGGUGUGCUGUGGAGUAUUUUGAAGCCAGUGGUGCUAUAUUGCGCAUGCUCCUUCAGCACCUCUCUCCUAACAUCCCUCACUUUGGGAGAACUCUCAUCCAUCAUGCCAUUCUAUGCAGUAAUGCACGAGCAGCAGAAGUGUUACUACAUUGCGGUGCAGAUAAAGAACUUCCAGUGAAAACAACUUUGAAAAAUGAUUUACGUCCUGUGCAUUUAGCUGCACGGCUUGGAACACUGAAAGUUCUUGAACAGCUGGUCUUUGCUAGCUGUGAUCUCAACUCAAGAACAGAUUCCGGAGAAACAGCCUUAAUGAUAUGUGCUAGGUACAGGCAAGAAGAGUGCCUAAAAGUUCUUGUCUCAGCUGGUGCUGAUCUUGGUCUGGUUAAUUCAGCUGGUCUGUCUGCUAGCUCAGUAGCAAGGUCAGCUAGAUGGGCUCUUGGCUUUCAGCAAGCUGUGAUAGAUGUGAUUCGAGACGGGAAGAGUGCCAAGUCAAGCAAUGCUGCAGUGUUUUCCCCUUUAAAGUGUGUGGUUCAAGCAAAUGCUGUUGAGGCCCUGAAAAAACUUCUUGAGCAGUCCUAUAUUGAUCUUGAUGAACAAGAUGAUGAUGGAUUCUCUGCUGCCAUGACUGCAGCAGCUAAUGGUUACAUCGAGGCUUUCCGGUUGCUUGUCUAUGCCGGAGCUAAUAUAAAGCUUCAGAACAGAUUUGGUGACACGGCAAUCAGCCUAUCAGAGUUAAACCAACAUGGCGAGGCAAUUGAAAAGGUGAUGAUAGAGUAUGCACUCAAAGAGGGAUAUAACUAUUCCGCCAGCAUUCAUGCUCUACAUCGUGCAGCACGCAGGGGUGACUUAGAUUUGGUUUGUAUGUUAGCUAGAAAGGAUCAUGAUGUCAAUGCAUCUGAUGGCGAUGGAUACACUCCACUAAUGCUAGCUGCAAGGGAAGGGCAUGGUAAGGUGUGUGAGCUUCUAAUCUCUCGUGGGGCUCAAUGCGAUAUUGAGAACGAAAGAGGUGAAACUGCACUGUCUCUUGCAAUGAAGAAUGGUUAUAAAAACGAGGCAGAGCAUGUAAUAUUGGAUGAGCUUUCUCGACAACUUGUUCUGGAGGGGAAUCGUGUCAAGAAGCACAUAAAGUGUGGAAAAGGGGCUCCUCAUUACAAAUUAUUGAGGAUGGUAGAUUCUUCUGGGGCUCUGCGAUGGGGAAAGUCAAGCAAGAGAAACGUAGUUUGCAAGGGUGCUGAGGUUGGUCCAAGCACAAAAUUUCGCUGGAAUCGCCGUAAAAAGCUUGACGUUGAGGACCCAGGAAUGUUCCAUGUGAUAACCACAAAGAACAAGGAGGUGCACUUUGUAUGUGAAGGUGGGGUUGAAAUGGCCGAACUGUGGGUGAGGGGAAUCAAGCUGAUCACGAGAGAAGCCAUUUUUGGCAAGAAAAAAGAGUGACCUUUGGAUCGUAAAUAAAAUAAAAUGCUUUGCUGCAUGUUUACGAAAAUAGG